AUAUCCCAUUACACGCAAAAAUCUGAUUUCCCGAAUUCCGAUUCUCCACUCUCGGCGUACGUUAGCAUCUCCGCUACUUAUGGCCUCUCAGGCGCCUCUCGAUCUCGAGAUCACGGUGAUCUCAGCGAAGCAUCUAAAAAACGUCAACUGGAGAAACGGAGACCUCAAGCCCUACGCGGUUUUCUACCUCGAUAGCUCAGAAAACCGACUCGCCACCCACUCUGAUGACUCUGGCAACACUAGUCCAGUCUGGAACGAGCGAUUCACGCUCCCUCUGACUCGCCCGCUCCACGACUCCGUUCUCACCCUGGAGAUCUUCCACUCCAGGCCCUCCGAGACAUCGAAACCGCUCGUCGGGACCGCGAAACUCCCGCUUAGUCAACUCGUCGAUGAGUCGGACGAGGUUACCAACUCGGUCCUAACGAUCGAGCUGCUGCGUCCCUCUGGUCGUCCUCACGGUAAAGUUCGCGUGAAGAUGGCGUUAAAAGAACGGAACAUGCCGGCACCCUGUCCGGAUUACAGUAAUGUCCCUCAGUACAGCCAUUAUUACUCUCCUGCCCCUCCAAGAACUCCCCCUCCUAUUCCUGCACGCGACUACCGGGAAUUCACUCGUUCACCGUACUGUUACGGAGAUCAAUACUCCGGUAACUACUCUGGUUAUUAUUCUCCACAGCCGCCUAUGCCAUUGCGGCCAUUGUACCAUAGCGCCUCCAGUUACGUGGCGCCAAGUAUCCCCUCUGCACCCGUUGAUCUGUCGUCUUCGAAUGUGCCUCCUCCACUGCCCCGGACUUCCAAUUACGGCAUGCCCAGUGGACCAUCGGCGCCUGUUGAUUACUCUUCCUCAUCAUCAUACGAUCCAAAACCACCAGUGCCGAAGUUUGGUGGGAGUACACUCGCUGGUGCUUUAGGUGGGCUGAGUCUGAAUCUGAAUGUGGAAGAAGGGAGUGUCCAUGAGAAGGAGAAAACAUUGGAAAGGGAGGGUUAUGACUAUGGUGAUUAUCAUCGCCGUGAUUACUGAAGCAAUUAGUAUCCAGAGCUUUGAAAGCACUUGUGGAAACUGCGAAGGUAAAUUUAAAAUUUGGGUACUUCUAUGGGUUGUGGGUUUGAAGAAAGACGACAUCUAUGUAUAUAUAUAAUUAGCAUGAUACUUUAUUUUGUCUUUUUAUUUGGUGUUUAUUUAACUCCUCUUGGAUGCUGAAGAACUGGAAGUUAUAAUAUUUUCCUCCUUGAUGACGCCUUUGCACUUUGUGAUA